AUGGAUUCGGAACCAGUAGAAACAAAAACUAUGCUAUCAAAAAUAACUAAUCACGUAAAAUUUUAUACAUCAGAAGAACUAUUUCUUGAUUAUAUUCGCCAUCAACCUAGAAGUGUCGUGCUCAUUCUUUCUGGAUCAUCUGCAAAAGAUAUUCUAAAUGAAUGUCAUUCAUUACAACAUAUUAACUCAGUUUAUAUCUAUUGUAUGAAUUGUGAUCAUUACACAUCGUUGACGGCUGAAUACAGUAAAAUCAAAGGCAUUCAUAAUAAACUACAAGAUUUAAAAAUAAGUUUGGAAGAGGAAAUUGCUCACUCGACAAUACUAAAUUUUUAUUCAGUAAAACAAAACUAUAAUCGUAAUUUGACUAGAGAAUCAGCUUCAUUCGUUUGGUUUCAAUUAUUACGAAAUAUACUUUUUAAAAUGCCCACUAGGAUCUAUCAUACGGAUGAAGCAAAACAAGAAUUACUCACUCGAUGUCGGAGCUACUAUCGUAGCAAUGAAGUACGAUUAAAGGAAAUUGACAAGUUUAACGAUGAAUAUCAACCAGAAAAUGCGAUUAGAGAAUAUACAAAAGAAGGAUUUCUCUACAUGAUCAUCAAUCAGGCACUGCGUACUGAAGAUAUUGAGCAAUUGUAUGCAUUUCGUUAUUAUAUUGUUGACCUAUGGUUGAAGUUAGUGGAACAAUCAGACAGAUUCAAAACUUCACCUCCGGCUACCACUGAUACCGAUCACACAAUUUUAGUCUAUCGUGGAAUCCAAUCGAAUAAGGAUGAAGUGAAUAAGCUCAAAAUGAUUCUAAAGGACGGUGGUCUGUUCGCGCCAAACGGGUUCUUCUCAACAACUUUAAGGAGAGAUGUAGCUGAACAAUUUGCCGAUAUAUACAAAGAAAGACAAAAUAACAUUAAACCUAAAAUUAUAUAUGAAAUUAAAAUUAAUUUACAAUUGCAAUCAGUUGUUCUAGCUGAUGUAUCGGAGAAUUCUGUCUUUAACGAAGCUGAAAUCUUAAUUGGUGUAGGGGUAACAUUUAAAUUGGAUGAAAUAGAAGAACGACAAAAUGACAGUGGUGCAGAUACCUAUCUGUUAGUUAAAAUGCAUGCAACAGAUGAAGGAGAACAGAUUGCUCGCCGUUAUAUCGAUGAGGAACGGCAAGAAUUUGGUGGUAAAAAUGAAACAAUUGUAUUUGGUCAAUUAUUAAUUAAAAUGGGUGAAUAUCGAAAAGCAAUUGUUUAUUUUAAACGUCUGUUACAGUCAUUAAAUGGAAAGAGUGACAGUAAUGAUAAUAAUGAUGAAAUGCUUGAAAAUUUAUCUUUUUCAUCGAGUGAAGAAGAAAAUAAUCAGCGAGCCAUUAUUUAUUUUUCAAUUGGUGAUGCCUUCUUAUCAGAAGGUGAUUGCGAACGAGCCCUUACAUAUUUACUAGAGUCACGUCGGUACUAUGAAUUACUGAGUAAUAACCAUGGUAUAGCUAACACAUUAGCGCGUUCAGCAAGUGCUUACAUUGCAAAACAACAAUGUGACCGUGCCCUUGACAAUUACAAACAAGCCAUGGAGUUAUAUAGACAAUUACAGCGACAAGAGCUAAAUAUUGCUUUUUGCUAUAACGGUUUAGGUGAUGUUUAUGCAAGUCCAAGUAUAAAAGAUUAUCGAAAAGCAGCAACGUGUUAUAAACGCGCAUAUGACGUACGAAAAGAACUUCUAUCUGAUCUUAAUCCGGAAUUAGCUGUGAGCUAUUAUAACAUGGGUCGACUAUGUUAUUUGCAAGGUGAUAAAGAUCGAGAUGCCUCUAUGUAUUUGUACGAAGCUUUGAAACGAAAAGAAAAGAUUUAUCCACCCUAUCAUCGAUCAAUUGCAUGUAACUUACAUACCAUGAGUAUUGUUUAUCAACGUCAAGGUGAUCAUAUGCGAGCAUUAAAUUGUUUAUACAGAACACUAGAAUGCUACAGACAAACACUGGAAUCGAAUCAUCCAGAUAUUUUAAAGCUGGAAAAGGACAUUGGUGACGCAAUUGCUAUUGCUGGUCGUAAGAUUAAGAAGCCUUGA